CUCGUCUCAAUCAGGUCUCUGCUCUCAGGCUCUUGAUGCUUUUGUGAAAGCCUGUAAAAUGUUUGUGACUAAAGAAAUGUUGCUGCUGAGCAUCUCUAUUGGAUACACAGGCCUGGAGCUCACCUUCUACAGCGGUGUGUACGGGACGUGUAUCGGAGCCAUGAACCUCUUUGGAACUGAUGCAAGGAGUCUUAUUGGGAUCUCAGGUAUUUGCAUCGGUGCUGGUGAGAUCUUAGGCGGGGGCAUCUUUGGGAUGCUGAAUAAAAACAACCGUUUUGGCAGGAAUCCAGUGGUUCUGCUGGGCCUCAUCACCCACUUUGUGGCUUUUUUCCUCAUUUUCCUCAACAUUGCGAGUGAUGCUCCACUGGCCCCUGAAGAAGGAACAGAUCUUCGGGCUUUUAUCAACCCCAGUGUCGGUGUGGCRUUGCUCUGCAGCUUCCUGCUGGGUCUGGGAGAUAGCUGCUUCAACACUCAGCUCCUCAGCAUCAUUGGCUUCCUGUUCCGGGACAACAGCGCUCCUGCCUUUGCUGUUUUCAAAUUCAUCCAGUCCAUCAUGGCUGCCGUGGCCUUCUUCUACAGUAACUACCUGCUGCUUCACUGGCAGCUGCUCAUCCUCAUCAUCGUCGGGUUUCUGGGCUCCAUCUCCUUCUUUGCAGCCGAGCUAAUUGCAGAGGCCAAGAGGCAGGACUCAGAUUAUGGAAGCAUCUAAAAAAGGAUGAGAGGAGCACAGAUGGACUGCAUCGACCUUUCCCAGCUGGAGGAUCUCAGUGGGGUUUAGAUGUGAGACUCUGAUUCUGUGGUUUCCUUCCAGCUGCUUGGUGCACUUCUCGUCUCGACCUGAGUUUUCAUUUUUCUCAUAGAGCUGUUUUCAUGUGAGCUCUGGUUCAGUUGCACUCCAAGCCUCUUCAUCUUCAUCAGCCAAUCAUCUCUAUAAAACCCUUUGAUUGAUUGGUGGAGUUCUUCAGUGCAGCACUUUUAAUUUAAAAUACCUCUGAUCUUCUCAGGCUGUGUGGAACAAUACAACCAGUUMAAGACCAACUAUUGGGUGUUUUUGAAAUAUUCAUAAUAAAUUGAGCAUUUAGACAGACCCAUUUAAAGUCUUGAUCCAAAGCAGCCA